CGUCGUCUUCGUCGUCUUCAUAUUAAAAUCCAAAAAAAAAAAUUCUAAUUAUGUAAAAUUUAUUUAUUCUCCAACAUUUGUGAUUGUGUGUUGAUUAUAGUGGAAUAUCCGUAUUUGAAAAAAAAAUAUUCAAUUCGUUCGGUUUCAACAACGGCAACAAAUUCAAUGAUUUUUCAAUUUUCGAAAAUUUAAUUGAUUUUUCCAUUUCGUUUCAUGUGUGGCGGUCUAUCACGAAAAAUAAAAUUGAAUAUCGCAAUAUUAAUCGCUUCUGUUUUUCGGUUUCACUUUCAUCAUCGUCAUCACAAUCACCAUUCAAAAGAUUAAAUAUCGAAAGGUCGAAAGUUGGAUUUUCCUGAUUACAAAAAAAAAUUCGCUUGUUGAAAUUGAAAUCUACAAUAUUUGUAAAAAAUUUUUAAAUCCCAAAAAAGAUUAUGCCAUGCGAAAAAAGAAACUUUUGCUUAUGGGCACAUUGCUUUUUAUGGGCUGGUGUACUAUACAGCUCUAUCUAUUUGUCCAUAAGCCACAAUCACAACGAUUGAAAUCGGCAUUUCCUUGGUUUAUACGUAGUGGUUAUGUGAACAACACUGGUGAUAACGACGAUAAUUCCAUUAAUAAUAUUGAUCAUUCAUCAUCAUCAUCAUCAUUAUCAUUCUUGUCAUCAUCAUCAUCAUCAUCAUCAUCAGGUGGUGGCGGUGCAAAUAGUGAAAAAAUAAUAAUUACCGAUAAUAAUCAUAAUCAUAGUGCCAAUAAUAAUGUCAUUUUUUCGGUUGAUGGUCGUAAAAAAGUAAAAAAUUUUACUACUCCUGCAAACACUACUACUACUACUACCACGGAUCAUCAUUCUCAUAAUAAUGAACAAACGGAAAUGGCAGACAAAUUUACAAUUAAAUCAAAAACAAAAAUUAUCGAUUUUGAUGAUAUUUCCAGAAAAAUCGAAACACUUGAACAUGAUCUCAAUCAACAAACUAAAUCAACAGAAGUGAUGUUACGUUUGCUCAAAACUAUUGGCAAAUUAGCUGAAAUGAUGAAUAAAACUAUUUAUGAGGUGAUUAAUGAUAAAACACUGCUAAAUUCAUUGAUGAUUGAUCAAUCAUCGAAUAAGAAACCCAUUAUCUGUGUAUUAUUAUUUGCGUGCAAUAGAAUUACAAUCAAACGUAAUUUGGAACAAUUAUUCAAAUAUCGUAAUGAUUCGGAAAUAUUUCCCAUCGUUGUUAGCCAAGAUUGUAAUCAUGAACCUACAAGAGAAAUAAUUGAAUCAUAUGGUGAUAGGCUGACAUUCAUACAGCAACCAGAUCAAUCUGAUAUCAUAUUGAAAGGAAAGAAUCAGAAAAAAUUCAAAGGUUAUUACAAAAUUAGCCGCCAUUAUGGUUGGGCAUUAAAUUAUACAUUCAAUACGUUGAAUUAUGAUACCGUAUUGAUUGUUGAAGAUGAUCUCGAUAUUGCGCCGGAUUUUUUUGAAUAUUUUCUUGCAUUAUAUCCCAUACUACGUUCUGAUCCUAGCCUUUAUUGUAUCUCAGCUUGGAAUGAUAAUGGUAAAUCAUCGUUGAUUGAAGAAGAUUCAACCAAACUGUUUCGUUCGGAUUUUUUUCCCGGUCUUGGUUGGAUGUUGACAAAAAAUCUUUGGCUUGAAUUUCAACAUAAAUGGCCUAAAGCUUUCUGGGAUGAUUGGAUUCGUGAACCAGAACAGAGAAGAAAUCGAGCCUGUAUACGACCGGAAAUAUCACGAACACGUACAUUUGGUAAAAAAGGUGUUUCCAAUGGUUUAUUUUUCGAAAAACAUUUAAAAUUCAUUCAAUUGAAUGAAGAAUUUGUGCCUUUUACUAAAAUGAAUCUAUCUUAUCUUUUAAAGGAAAAUUAUGAUGUUGAAUUCUUAAAACAAGUCUAUAAUAGUCGAUUAAUUUCAUUGUAUGAUAUAAAAAGUUUGCCUAUUCUUUAUGAUAAUGAUUUAAUACAAAAACAACGACCAUCAAUCAAUGGCCAUGACAAUAGCAAUGUCAAUGGCAACAAUGGAACAACAACAACAAGAUCACCAAUUGCAUCAAAAUAUUCGGUUCGUAUACAAUACGAAACAAGGGAUCAAUUUAAAAAAGCUGCCAAAAUGUUCGGCUUAAUGGAUGAUUUUAAGUCGGGCGUACCGCGUACCGGUUAUCAGGGAACUGUCGGUUUCAUCUAUCGUGGUUAUCGUGUCUAUUUAGCACCUAGUCCAAUUUGGAAUGGCUACAAUAUUACAUGGAAAUGAAAGUUUUUUUUCCUAUCUUUUUUUUCUCUCCUUCCUCAUAUAUAUCUAGUUUUAUAAUUUAUCUUUCAUUUUUUUUCGUUUCGUUUGAAAAUUCAUAUCUGAUCUGAUCAUUAUGUAUGGUUACUAAUUUACACCAUACAUAAUUGAAUUCGAUUAUCGAUAAUCGAAUUUAUUCAAAGAGGCACACACAAACAACAGACCGAGAGUGAGACAACUACACACAUCUGAUUUUUUUUCUCCUUCUUUUAUCGAUAAUCAUUCUACAUUCAUUUUUGUCAAAUUUUGUAAACACACACACACACCCGAACACUAAAAUAUCAGUUUUCGACAAUUUUCGAUUCUAAAUAGAUGUCACACAUUCCAAUCUUUCUUUCUUUUUUGAUGAAUACCAAAGUCACACAUACACACACACACACAAAUAUCAGCAAUAUCGACAGACACACUUAUUUAUUUUCACAUGUUUUUGUUUUUUUUCGUUUGUUUCUCUGUGUUUAUCAUUUCAUUUUUCUUUUUCUUUGUCACAAACAAACAAACACAAACACACACAGACCCACCUGAAAACAUUUUCUAUUUCGAUCAUCUCGCUUUCUUCUUUUGUAUUCACAUUCGACAGACACUUUCAACACACAC